CUUUACCGGAAGUCUCCGAAAUCUCCUCGGCUUCUUCCUUCUGACGGGCCGCUUCCCUUCCUCCAGCCCCCAGUCUGUUCCUGUCGCUACAGCAACGAGAGGAAGUGGCGUUGCCAGCAACGCGGAAGUGACGGAGGAGGUCCGGGAGGGGGAGCGUAGCUGCUUCUCAAGCGGAGCGGAGGUGUCCUGAGCGGGGUCGUCCGAGCCAUGUCUGCGGGGAGCGCGGGGCAGCGCGAGACGGGGGCCUCCGGAGGGCGUCGCAGCAAAUGGGAUCAGCCUGGGCCUUCUCCAGCUCUCUUCCUUCUUCCUGCUACAACCCCCAUGGCUGGCCGCCCUGUCCAGGGCACCGGAGACGGGGUGUCUGGGAUGUCAGGGUCUGAGGGUUCAGCAGCCCCUUUGGGAGCCCUCGACGCUGCCGCCGCCGUGGCAGCCAAGAUCAAUGCCAUGUUAAUGGCCAAAGGAAAGCUGAAACCGACAACCAGUUCGACGGACAAGCUCCAGGCUCCAGGGAAAGGCUCCUCCGCGAGCAAAAGCAAAGAUGACCUUGUUGUAGCAGAAGUGGAAAUCAACGACGUUCCCCUCACGUGCAGAAACCUCCUGACCAGAGGUCAAACUCAGGACGAGAUAAGCAGGCUGAGUGGUGCAGCCGUUUCCACUCGUGGCAGGUACAUGACCACAGAAGAGAAAGCCAAAGUCGGACCUGGGGACCGUCCGCUCUACUUGCACGUCCAGGGUCAGACUCGUGAGCUGGUGGACCGAGCUGUCAACCGAAUCAAAGAGAUCAUUACGAACGGCGUCGUAAAAGCUGCUACUGGGUCAAGCCCCACUUUCAACGGGGCCACUGUCACCGUCUACCACCAGCCUGCCCCCAUCACGCAGCUUCCCCCAGCUGUUGGACAGAAGCCCCCAUUCCAGUCUGGAGGUAUGCAUUAUGUCCAAGACAAGUUGUUUGUGGGCCUGGAACACGCUGUGCCGACCUUCAACGUCAAGGAGAAGGUUGAAGGGCCGGGCUGUUCCUACCUGCAGCACAUCCAGAUUGAGACGGGCGCCAAGGUUUUCCUGCGCGGAAAAGGAUCCGGGUGCAUCGAACCUGCCUCAGGCCGGGAAGCCUUUGAGCCAAUGUACAUUUACAUCAGCCACCCAAAGCCAGAAGGUCUUGCAGCUGCCAAAAAACUGUGUGAAAAUCUACUGCAGACUGUUCAUGCUGAAUACUCAAGAUUUGUGAACCAAAUAAUCACGGCAGUGCCCAUAACAGGGUUUGCUCAGCCCGCAGCCAUCACCACCGUUCCCGCUCAGCCACCGUAUUACCCACCAAACGGCUUCCAGGCAGGCUACCCUGUGGUUCCACCGCCUCAGCAGCCAGUUCAGCCCCCUUACGGAGUGCCGGGCAUUGUCCCUCCCGCGGUCCCCUUGGCGCCAGGUGUGCUGGCGCUGCCCACUGGAGUUCCACCCGUGCCCACCCAGUACCCGAUCACACAGGUGCAGCCUCCCGCUAGCACUGGACAGACUCCUCUGAGCAGCCCUUUCCUUCCGGCCACCCCUGUGAAAACAACAUUGCCAGCCAACGCACAGACGCAAAUGCAGCCACAAUCCCAGCAGGGCCAAAAGAGGCGUUUCACCGAGGAGCUGCCGGACGAGCGGGAAUCUGGGCUGCUGGGAUACCAGCAUGGACCCAUUCAUAUGACUAAUUUAGGUACAGGCUUCUCCGGUCAGACCGAGAUGGACGGAGGAGGGUCGAAGCCAGCGGGUUCCUCUGGAAAGGAGAGAGAGAGGGACAGGCAGCUGAUGCCUCCGCCGGCUUUGCCAGUGUCCGGAAUGAAGGCGGAUCCUGAAGACCGAAACGGGUCCUUGGUGGGCGGCAACGGUGAGCGUGUGCAGUGGGGAGGAGGCGUGGCUUGCGCUCGUAUUCCAGGUAGCUCCAUUGACCGCAAGCGGACUUCCUCCCUCCAGAGGUCUUCCUUGUCUGAAGCCAAAAGGGGGGGGGGGGUUCCCACUCUUGUCUGCUGUCCUUUGCACAGUUCAGUUGCCAAUCCUCCGGGAGCCCCGUUCUCCAUCCAGGAAGUACAACGAAGGGCUGCAGUUUUGUCUUUCAACUUCACCCCCACCCCCUUACCUUUUGGCAACUGUAUUUUCCAGACUUGCUUUAAAUAACCAUUUCAGAGCAAGAGUUCCAGGGAGCUGUGUGAGUCUUCUCUCUUUUCCGUGACGGGUAGCUUAUUGACAGUUCUUUUAGGACAUGGAACGUCGCCUUCUAAUCUGCCCCCGAACACAGCCUCUCGCCCUCUUCCUCACCUCCAGUCCUUUAGUACUCAGGUUCCACGUCAUCCGUCACUUUAAUUUGGAGCAGGCCGGCCAGAACACUUUAAAAUAUGGCGGCUGGCCCCGCCUAUCAAGCGUGUGUUUUUAUUGUCUCACCCUUCUUUCAUGGAGCUCAGGUAGCUUGCAAGGUUAUGUCUCUCCUUGUUUUGUUCUCAGAAUGGCCGUAGGCAACAAGUUAGGCUAAGUUUGGGACUUUGUCAAGGUUGACUUGGUAAGCGUUGUGGCUUGGGGUGGGUGUGGGAUUCGAACCGUGAGCCUCCUGAUCUCAUAUCCUCCCCCAUACAACUCUACCUUUUCCCAAAAGGGAAUUGACAGCUGUCGUGUUGCAGACGCAAGGUUAAAAUUUGAAGGGGUGAAGGAAAACGGGAAAGCGGAGCGGCAUCCAACUGUAAUUGGGGACUUUUCCUAUGACGCGUGUUCUUUAGCAAUAAAAUCGUAACCCCUUUGGCCUAGUUUGCUAACGUUGCCUUUUUUCUUCUUCUUUUUUGUGUCUUUUUUUCUUUUUUUUUCUCUCUUCUCUGUUCUCUUACAUGGUUCUGAUGGAUCACAUAUGCCGUUGCUGACGCUGUGCCGUGUGAAUUGCUGCCCGGGGUGACGGCUGGCCCUGUGACCUCAAAAUGGUGUCCAACUAACAAUUUUUUAUAACAAUGAUUCUUACUUUAAUUCACAUAUUUGGGGGAAUGUUUGUCUUCAUUUUUCUGUCUUUCUCUUUUUUAUUUUCCUCACCUGGGGUGGGAUGUCUUUCUUUCUUUUUUUUUCUUUUCUUUUUUUGGUGCUCUUUCUCCCUGCCUUUUUGCAGAUCAUCCUCAAGCAGCUAGAAGAUGAAAGCAGAAAGGGGAGUCGGCCUCGGUGGCUUUACGUCCGCCACUUCUUCAGAUCCUUAAGAGGAGGAUCACGGAGGUCACAAAAAUGCAAGUAGUUUUUCACAGACGUGGAGCCUGGGAUACCAGUAUCCGUCGUCGCAGCAGUGCGCUAAGCAACAGAUGCCGUUCUGGAUGGCACCGUAGCUGCCCUCGGCCACGCCUGCUCCCCUUCGUCUCCCUCAAGCAAUAACGCAUGGAUAAAAACUCUGCAAAACUGUACACCUGCCCUGACAUUUCUGCACACGCUUUCAGAGAUGCAGUAUAUCCCUCCCCCCCCCCCAUGUUGGGCGGAUCUUUUUUUCUUAACUUGUUAUUUCUGUGGUGGACUCAUCUGUCAAGCACCUUCAAAUCACAGGCUUCUUGGAACACAAUCACUACCAGUACCAGUGGAAGCAUUCACGCCGGUGGGAAGCAUCCUCCGAUUUCUCAUCCUCCACUCCCCCACCUGCAUACCCCUGUUCUCGGUUUUGGAAGAGGGGGCCGCUCAGCUGAACUGAUUGUGACAUACCUGUUUCUCUCCGGAAUUCACCUCCUGCUCUUCUGCUUAUAUUUUUGUUUUGUUUUUUAUAAUUGGAUUCUCCAUGUGACUCUUGGGACUUCAGACAAGAGUAGAAAUCACUUUGCUUAAGAUCUAUUCCCCUUGCUCUUUUACCAAAAAAAAAAAGUUAGUGCAGGCUUUCUUACUAUAACUAGCUUCACUCAGAAUUUUUUGGGACAAACGUUUGUUGAUCCCCCUCCUCCUCUCCCCCAUACCAUUUCCCCAAAUUUGAGAACCAGGCUUGACUUCACUGCAGGAGAUUUAGGUGUUGAAUUUCAACUUGCCCUCUUGAGUUUUCUCAGCCUGUUUCAUUCGCAUCUCCAAGGACUUACCUUCCGCGGUCAUGGAUUUACCUCCCGUAGCAACGGCAUCGCUACAAUCUCGUUCCGUUCCAGAACCCAGCCAGACACUUGCUUUGCGGCUGUUGUGAUUUAAAGGGAUGCUACAUGCUUGGAUCUUGGAGACCUGGUGAAAUGUUGCCACGGCUGAAGAAGAGCCCCCGUUGGGAUUGUUUUUAUAGUGACUAAAAAUCGCAAAGAGUCUCCUCCUGCCAGGGCAGACUGUUGCCGGGUAAAACUUUUCUGCAUGGCAGAAUGGCUGGGAGGGGGAACGGAAUUUUGCAAUCUGUGUUCAAAAAGUUAAAAAAAAAUAAAAAUAAAAGCUCAAUGUAUUGGGA